CGCAGCGGUGUUGGGACCUCCGCGUCUUAUAUCACGGCUGACCGCCCGCCUGAGAGCCUCGUUCAUACCCGCUGAGUGUCCCUCUUCCAUCUGGGCUUCCAUCCGUCCAGCAGUGCACACCGGACGCAACUUUUACACCUUCUUCAUUCCGGGAGAUCAUUUCUGCCUUCAGUUGGAAUUGACGCGGACUCCUCCUGUGUGGACAAGAAGAUGGACGGUUGACCUCCCAGCUCACUGAGCAUCACAAUCAUGGCCAAAAGUCCGGAGGUGAAACUCGCCGUCUUAGGCCGAGCGGGAGUCGGCAAAUCAGCGCUGGUGGUGAGGUUUCUGACCCGACGCUUCAUCUGGGAGUACGACCCCACGCUGGAAUCCACCUAUCGCCAUCAAGCCAGUAUUGACGAUGAGCUUGUCGCCAUGGAGAUACUGGACACAGCCGGCCAGGAGGACCACCAGCAGAGGGAAGGCCACGUGCGCUGGGGCGACGGCUUCGUCAUCGUCUACGACAUCACCGAUCGCGGCAGCUUCCAGGAUGUGGCGCCGCUCCGGACUCUCCUGGAGGAGGUCAAGAAGCCCAAGAACGCGCCCCUGGUGCUGGUGGGCAACAAGUCGGACCUGGAGCACGCCCGGCAGGUGAGCACCGAGGAGGGCGAGCGCCUGGCGGCCGAGAUGGCGUGCGCCUUCUACGAGUGCUCGGCGUGCGCCGACCAGGGCGGCGGCGUGGCCGAGGCCUUCCACGAGCUGUGCCGCGAGGUGAGGCGGCGCAAGGCGGUGCAGGGCAAGGCCAGGCGGCGCAGUUCCACCACGCACGUCAAGCAGGCCAUCAACAAGAUGCUGACCAAGAUCAGCAGCUAGGGGGCGCUCUCCGCCACUUCUCACGUACAGCUUGUGUCAUCUUUUUUUUUAUCCUGGGGACACAAACUGCCAGCCUUCUCCUGGUGAAUAAUCUUCCUGGAUUUUUUUCCUGGAAGCGGGCGACAUGUGACAUCUUUCACCCGUCUCCAUUUGACCCAAUUAAUGGGUCGCCCGGACAUCAUUGGGAUGGAGCGUUCAUGACAACAAACAUCAUGUGUAUCAUGUUUUAUAAGUGUGUG